AAAGUAAAAAAAAAAAUAAAAUAAAUUAUCAAGCAUAAAGAUUUUGAUCUAUAGGACGAAUUUUUCGGAAUAUUCUCUUGUUUUUUUUAUCAUACCAAUAUCUCUUGGAUUUUCUGAUCAGUCAUUUUUUUUCUAUUUGUCUAAUUUAUUUUCUUUUCUGACCCGGUGACUUAUUUUACUUUACUAAAUAGUAUUGAUUAUGCAACGACAAUUCAGGUCAAUCAUAGCUCAAUUUCUUCGAGCACAAUCAUUAUCAUCACAUCAGCAAAAUGUUCGUCAUAAUUCAAUGCAUACGGUUACAAUGAUUCCCGGUGAUGGUAUUGGUCCAGAAAUUUCUGAAUCAGUGGAAAAAAUUUUCGCUGCUGCCAAAGUACCGAUCGAUUGGGAUCGUGUAGAUGUAACUCCUGUCAAAGGACCGGAUGGUCGUUUUUCAAUCCCAUUAAAAGCAAUCGAAUCUGUACAACGAAAUAAGAUCGGUCUUAAAGGACCAUUGGCAACGCCGAUCGGCAAAGGACAUCGAUCUUUGAAUUUGGAGAUUCGUAAAGUAUUUUCUCUAUAUGCUAAUGUACGACCAUGUCGUUCAUUGGAAGGCUACAAAACAUUAUAUGAUAAUGUAGACAUUGUUACUAUUCGUGAAAACACUGAAGGCGAAUACAGUGGUAUCGAACACGAGAUCGUAGCCGGUGUCGUACAGAGUAUCAAACUAAUCACCGAACCAGCUAGUCGUCGUGUUGCCGAAUAUGCAUUCGAAUAUGCUAAAGCGAAUGGACGUAAAGUUAUUACAGCCGUACAUAAAGCUAACAUUAUGCGAAUGUCUGAUGGUUUAUUCUUGCAAUGUUGUCGUGAAACAGCCGAAAAACAUCCCGAAAUAAAAUACAAAGAAAUGUACUUGGAUACUGUUUGCUUAAACAUGGUCCAAGAUCCUUCUCUAUUCGAUGUAUUGGUUAUGCCUAAUUUGUAUGGUGAUAUUCUAAGUGAUUUGUGUGCCGGUUUAAUUGGUGGCCUUGGUGUUACACCAUCAGGCAAUAUCGGUAAAGAUGGUGCCGUAUUUGAAUCUGUACACGGUACCGCUCCUGAUAUUGCCGGUCAAGAUAAAGCCAAUCCAACUGCAUUGUUACUUAGUUCUAUUAUGAUGUUACGCUACAUGGCAUUGAAUGAAUAUGCCGAUAAAAUUGAACAUGCUUGCUUUGAAGUCAUUCGAGAAGGUAAACAUCGUACAGCCGAUUUAGGUGGAAAAGCUAAAUGUUCGGAAUUUACCAAUGAAAUUUGUGCCCGACUUUAGAGAUAAAAAUAAACGUGAAUAUAUUUUUCACCCCUUUUU